CCUGCGCGGUAGGAGUCCCGAGUCCUUUAAAUGUACUGUACGUGCAAAGAUGGCAGCUGAAGUCGAGUUGCUGCGUGCGAAAGUAGAGGAAGAAAAGGUGAGGGACAGUCUUGAUCGAUUUAUCAAAGAGAAGAAAAAGAAGAAGAAAAGGGACCUGUCGCCGUCAGCUGACAAACGGGAGAGGUCUGAGAAAGAAGCGAAGAGAGUGAAGCUCCAUCACCACCACCACAGCCACCACCAACACGCUGAGCACCGGACCCACCAGCCGCAUCAGCUGCAGCAAAAUCCCAAACCCCACAACUUCAGCGCGGAGAAACAUGUCCUACACAGCCAUCAGCAGAGCCACCACCACAAUCACAGCCUCAUCAACGGCACGAAGAAGAGCCUGCAGCCGCCUCUGCCUCCCACUCCUCGGCCGCCGCGGAAGGUACCGCCGGAGCAGCUGCAGAAGAAGCGAGCGGUGCCGUCCGAGCCACCUGCGCUCUUCACUUUCACGCCUCUCAAAGUGGUCAAGGCCAAACCCCAGGAUUUCAAAGAAAAGCAUCGGGACAAAGACCUGAAACUGAAGCUUAAGAAGGAAAAUACAGAGGCAAAUGUGAAACACGCGGAACUGAAGAAAAAGAAAGAGCCAAGGCCUCACAAUGAGAACAUCAAGUCUCUAACACUGGAGGAAUAUCUCCUGAAGAAGAAAAAGAAGAAGAAGAAGCAUCGUGAAGAUGAGCACAGUGCCAAGAAGGUCCGACACAUGCACAACAAAGCAGUUCAGACUGUGUGUGCAGGGCUUGGAGCUGAUCUUACUCUGCCUGCCACAGUGAAGCAUGAAAGCAAUUGCCAGCCUAUCAGAGACACUGUCGACAACCACCAACCCUACCUCCAUGCUCUCAAAUUGGGACAUGUCCCCUUCCUCUCCCACCAAGAUCACUACAUCCGCAGCUCCUCCCUCCAGACGGGCACCUGGUAUGGACGCUUCAUUCAUGAGGAAAGGCAAGCCAAUGGUGGGGGAUCAGUCCUGCAUGCCUACGCUGAUGAGUUAGCUUGUCUCAGUCCAGCUGAGAUGGAGUGUUUUGCCCAGGAGUUCCUGGAGUUGGCCUUUGCUGAGAAGCCAAGAGGUGCAGCCUCCUAUGCCUUGGCCGUGGUGCACGGUGCAGCUGCCUACCUGCCUGACUUCCUGGACUACUUUGCCUUCAAUUUCCCCAACACACCAGUCAAAAUGGAAAUACUGGGCAAGAAAGACAUUGAGACCACCACUAUUGCCAACUUUCACUCUCAGGUGAACCGGACUUACUGUUCAGGGACAUACCGAGCCGGACCCAUGAGACAGAUCAGCUUGGUGGGAGCUGUAGAUGAGGAAGUUGGAGACUAUUUCCCAGAGUUCCUUGACAUGCUGGAGGAAUCACCCUUUCUCAAGAUGACUCUACCAUGGGGAAGCUUGUCCAGUCUGAAGCUGGACUGUCGCUCUCAGAGUGAUGAUGGGCCCAUCAUGUGGGUGCGACCAGGAGAACAAAUGGUGCCCACAGCUGACAUGCCCAAGUCUCCUUUCAAACGACGCAGGUCUAUGAAUGAGAUAAAAAAUCUACACUACCUGCCGAGGGCCAGUGAACCCAGAGAGGUUCUGUUUGAGGACCGGACCAAGGCCCAUGCUGACCAUGUAGGUCAGAGUUUUGACUGGCAGAGCACUGCUGCUGUUGGGGUACUGAAAGCAGUGCACUUUGGAGAAUGGAAUAACAAACCUCGAAUAACCAAAGACGUAGUGUGUUUCCAAGCUGGGGACUUCAAUGAAGUUGUCCAGAGACUGCAGCUUGAUCUGUAUGAGCCCCCAGUGUCUCAGUGUGUCCAGUGGGUGGAUGACGCCAAGCUCAACCAGCUGAGGAGAGAAGGCAUCCGCUAUGUCCGUGUCCAGCUCUGUGAUGACGACAUUUACUUCAUUCCAAGGAACGUCAUCCAUCAGUUCAAGACGGUUUCUGCUGUCUGCAGCCUGGCCUGGCACAUUCGUCUCAAGCAGUACCAUCCGGAAGAGAAGGUUAAGGAGGAGGAGCAGCAGCCAAAUGAUCUCAGCCCCACCUCAGGCCGAGUCUCUUUUUCCUCUCCUGCCAGGCCUGAUGCCACCGUAACUCCAUGUGCAAGACCACAGGGAGACAACAUUCAAGGUGGGGUGGCCAAGACUGAGGAACCAGAGUUCCAGAGGCCAGCAACACCUCCCCAGGAACCUCAGCCAGCCCCUCCACAGCCCACCAAAUCUACUCACUUGCCUCCAACGUACCAGGAUCCCCACUUUUCUUUGGCACCAGUCCACUCUGGCUGUACACCCUCAAAAGAGCCUACACUUCCUAAAGCUUUUGGCCACACUGCAGAGUUUCCUAAAUGAUCCUUCCCUCCCUCUGUAACCUCUCUCUCUGUUCACUGUGGGAGGAGCUAUGUGAGGGAAUUUUAGACUAAAACUGACAACAAACUGUCAAUCAGGAAGUCUUUCAACUUAAAUUAUUCUUCAAACUUUUUUAAAUCUUUGAGUGUUAGUUCAAAUGUCCCCUAUGGGUGUUUUGUUUUUCUUUUUUUUUCUUUUGGUUGGCCAAAGUAUGUUA